AUGUCCCCCAUGAUCAUCAGGAACAAAUGCGCAGCCUGCUUCAGGCAGUACAACAGGAUGGAGCACCUGGUGGAGCACAUGAAGGUCUCGUACCACUCGGUGCACGAGCCCAAGUGCGGCGUCUGCGGGAAGCACUGCCGCUUCUUCGAGUCGCUCAGGGAGCAUCUCAUCGGGCCGUUGCCGAAGGUGGAGUGCGCGCGGGUCUUCAGCGUCCGCGGCUGCAGCAUCUGCCUCAACAUUUUUGACAGCAACGCCACCGUCAGAUACCACCGUUCGGCCUGCCAAUACUCUCGUGCUGCUCCGAUGCCCAGGGGUGGCAUAACCGGUCGUGCGGUUGCCCUGGCUUGCAAAAUGGUAGGGGGAGGGAGUGACGGCUCAAUGGACCUUUGUGCAAGGGUGUGCCUCAUUGGAGAAGAUGAGCACAUCAUCUUCCAGACCUAUGUCAAACCUACACUUCCUGUCACCAACUACAGGUAUGAAGUAACUGGGAUAAGGCCAGAGUACUUGAGGGAUGCAAUGCCGCUUAAGGUUGCGCAGAGGAGAAUCCAGGAAAUCCUGUGCAACGGGGAGCCACUGUGGAAGUUACGCCCAAGGAGCUAUGGGAGGGCAAAGAUCCUUGUUGGUCAUGGCCUGGACCAUGACCUUGAGCGCCUAGGGUUGGAGUACCCGGCAUUCAUGAUUAGGGAUACUGCGAAAUACCCACCACUAAUGAAGACUAGCAAGCUGAGUAACUCCCUGAAGUACCUUACACAAGCAUACCUUGGGUAUGAUAUCCAUACUGGCAUUCAGGACCCCUACGAGGACUGUGUUGCAGCAAUGAGGCUGUACAUCAGGAUGAGAUCACAAGCUCACCCAAGAGAUUACAACUCUGGCUCAGGCGAGGCCCAGAACAACUAUCCAGCCUGGAGGCAGAGAGAGCUCGAGAGGAUGAGCCCAGAAGAACUCCUGGCGCUUUCAGCAUCAGACUACUAUUGCUGGUGCCUGGAUUACUAA